UGAAUCCAGUGCUUUUGGAAAUCACCGAGCAGUAAGGGCUGAACUUUCAGAGAAACUUGAAUAAGCAGUGCAUCAGCAGAAAAAGUGUGAAGAGGAGAGAGACGAGGACGCCUAAGGGAGGGGGGCUCUGCUUCAAAAAGUUAAUUGCCAUUACCAACAAAGUUUAGCCCUGCUAAUUUUUUUUUUCUUUAAAUAGUUACCUCUCUAUCCAACAAAAUUUCACCCAAAAGCAGACAACAGGAUCAUCCUGCGCUCACGCGGCUGGUCGGCAGGAAGAGGCUGGUAGCGGCGGGGGUCCUGGGGGUCGUUAUGGUUCUGGUUUUGGUCAUCCUCAUCCCGUUUCUGGUCAACUCAGCGGGGACAGCAGCGCAUUACGAAAUGCUUGGUACCUGUAAGAUGGUGUGUGACCCAUACGGUACCAAAUCUCCGUCCAGUACCGCCACGGCUGACACGGUCGGAGACAACAGCCUCUUGCAGUCUUUACCCACUUUUAUCCAAGGUCCGAGAGGGGAACCGGGUCGGCCGGGUAAGGCAGGUCCAAGGGGAUCUCCUGGUGAGCCGGGACCGGCCGGUCCAAGGGGGCCACCUGGAGAGAAAGGUGAACCGGGCAGACCUGGUUUACCCGGACCUCCGGGAUCCAGCGCAGCUGCCGGUGCAAUUAGCGCGGCCACCUACACCACCGUGCCCAAGAUCGCCUUUUACGCAGGGCUUAAAAAGCAACACGAGGGCUACGAGGUGCUCAAGUUCGACGACGUGGUGACCAACCUGGGAAACCACUACGAUCCGACCACCGGGAAGUUCAGUUGCUCCAUCCCCGGGAUUUAUUUCUUCACUUACCAUGUCCUGAUGCGCGGAGGGGAUGGCACUAGCAUGUGGGCUGAUCUGUGCAAAAACAAUCAGGUGCGGGCCAGUGCCAUAGCCCAGGAUGCGGACCAGAACUAUGACUAUGCAAGUAACAGUGCUGUGCUGCAUCUGGAGCCAGGAGACGAGGUCUACAUUAAACUAGAUGGAGGCAAAGCUCAUGGCGGCAACAACAACAAGUACAGCACCUUCUCUGGAUUCAUCAUCUAUGCUGACUAGACAACAACACAUUCGUGCCCUCAGCCAUGUGGCCCACUCCUUCUACAAAUCUUCCCUCUACAAAUAAGAUGUUCGAACUUAAACUUUUAAACGUGUGGAGAAACCUAUUAAAAUCAACCUUCAUAACCUGUGUAUUAUUUUAUUUUCUACAUUCUGCCAUCCUCAGUGUCCUCAGUGAAUAUGACUUUGGACAAUAACAUUAAUGAAAUGGCUGAACUCUCAGUGUGGGACCAUAUCCCCUCUUCAUACCAUUACAUCACACCUGAACUUAAAGGUGAUGUCUAUGUGUUAAUGUAAUCUGUGAUGGAGUGAUGGAGGAAGAGGGAGGAGUUUGUGUGUGUAUUGGGGGGUGUGGGAAAGUAGACAGAUAGAGACCCUUCACUCUUAAAUCUGAUUUCAAAAUAAGCUCCCAGUCAACAAAUCAAGCUGUCUGUCAAAAAACAACAUUUAAGUCAAGAAAGGAAAAUCUAAGAGAAAGUAGAAAAGGGGAAAUCAAACAG